GUCAGAUCUGGCUGAACGUGACGUGCCGACUUCGGAGCCCGAGCGAGGUUUUUCCUGUCGGAGCUGCGGAAGGGGAGCUGAGCGGGUCGUGUCUGUCUGUCCGUGUGUCUGUCUGCCUGCCGCCGCAGUCUCUGGUCUGUCUGGACACACACACACACACACACGGGAGAAAUACCCUCCUCUUUUUAUUCGGCUCGCACACGGUCUGGACAACGGCGGCACCAUCAUCAGCGGCUAUGGAUCCAUCGCUGUCCUUCUGUUUUCACCAGUGAGGGACGUUACUCCGUCGGAUGCUCCAGUGCCCAUAGAGGAGGAGGAGGGGGAGGAGGGGGAGGAGAGGAGAGGAGGAGAGGAAGAGGAGGAAGAGGAGGAGGGGGCAUCCUUGUCAUUCUUCGACUACCAGGCUGACUCACCGCCGGAGCGCCUGAGCACAGGAGGAGGAGAGGAAGAGAAGAAGAAGAAGAAGAAGAGGAAGGAGAAGAAGAAUAAGCUUGAAAGGGCGAGGGAGAGAGGAAGAGAAACAGAGUAAGAGAAGGAAGGAGGAGGCGAGGAGGAGGAGAAAGUGGGGUUGGGGGUCGGCGGGGCGAAGAGGAGGGAAGAGAAAGUGAUCGUAGGGAAGAGAGAGAGAGCGAUAGAGAGACACCGUGGGGGACGACGCCACAGACCCGAGGCCAGGCGAGAGGAGGCGCCGGUAGGAAAGGUCGGAGGUCGAGCGGCGGUCAGACGGACGGCGGCGGCUGCUUUCCUCCUUCGCUGUCACCACACUGGGAGGACUGGGAGGACUGGCGACGAGGAGAAGCCACCAUGAGCGACCAGAACGUCAUCAAGGAAGGCUGGGUCCAGAAGAGAGGUGAGUACAUCAAGAACUGGCGGCCGCGCUACUUCCUGUUGAAGACGGACGGCUCCUUCAUCGGCUACAAGGACAAACCGCAGGACUCCGACCUCGCCUACCCGCUCAACAACUUCUCCGUAGCAAAAUGCCAGCUGAUGAAGACGGAGCGGCCCAAGCCCAACACCUUCAUCAUCCGCUGCCUGCAGUGGACCACGGUCAUCGAGAGGACGUUUCACGUCGACACCCCCGAUGAGAGGGACGAGUGGGCCGAGGCCAUCCAGACGGUGGCCGAGUCCCUGGCCAAGCAGGAGGAGGAGGGCAUCCUGAGCAGCCCCACCUCCCAGAUCGAGAACGUCAACGAGGAGGAGAUGGACACCUCCAUCGGACACUACAAACGGAAGACAAUGAACGACUUUGACUAUCUGAAGCUUCUGGGCAAAGGCACCUUCGGGAAAGUCAUCCUGGUGAGGGAGAAGGCGAGCGGCACCUACUACGCCAUGAAGAUCCUCAAGAAGGAAGUCAUCAUCGCCAAGGACGAAGUCGCUCACACGCUCACAGAAAGUAGGGUAUUAAAAAACACUCGGCAUCCAUUCCUAACUUCUCUGAAGUACUCGUUCCAGACGAAGGACCGGCUGUGCUUCGUCAUGGAGUACGUCAACGGAGGAGAGCUGUUUUUCCACUUGUCAAGAGAACGAGUAUUUUCAGAGGACCGCACUCGUUUCUACGGCGCCGAGAUCGUCUCCGCUCUGGACUACCUCCAUUCUGCCAAGAUCGUGUACCGGGACCUGAAGCUGGAGAACCUCAUGUUGGACAAGGACGGCCACAUCAAGAUCACAGACUUCGGCCUCUGCAAAGAAGGCAUCACAGACACUGCCACCAUGAAGACCUUCUGCGGGACCCCCGAGUACCUGGCGCCUGAGGUGCUGGAGGACAACGACUACGGCCGGGCGGUGGACUGGUGGGGUUUGGGCGUGGUGACGUACGAGAUGAUGUGCGGCCGCCUGCCGUUCUACAACCAGGACCACGAGAAGCUGUUCGAGCUCAUCCUCAUGGAGGAGAUCAAGUUCCCCCGAACGCUGUCGGCCGACGCCAAGUCGUUGCUGUCGGGGCUGCUCAUCAAGGACCCCAACAAACGGCUGGGCGGCGGACUGGACGACGCCAAGGAGAUCAUGAGACACAGUUACUUCAACGCCGUCGACUGGCAGGACGUCUACGACAAGAAGCUGGUCCCGCCUUUCCAGCCUCAAGUCAGCUCGGAGACGGACACGCGGUACUUCGACGAGGAGUUCACGGCACAGACCAUCACCAUCACCCCGCCGGAGAAAUACGACGAGGACGGGAUGGACGCGGCGGACAACGAGCGAAGGCCUCACUUCCCACAGUUCUCCUACUCGGCCAGCGGGCGGGAGUGAGCCGCCCCCCACCACCCCCUUCCCCUCCCCCCCCCCCCCCCCCCCCCCCGGCAUCGUCCCCAUUCGUGGCCAUUCUGAGGAAAACACGUAGCCAAUUUAGGAAAACAGAAAAAAACAACAACAAAAAUACCAGUCUCCCCUCUUUCUCUCCCCUCUGCCUCCUCACGGAGGGGAGAAGUCUUUCUAGGGACUUUAAAAGAGGUUUUUUGCACAGUGGGAUAGACUCCAGCUGGUCUCCCCACACUAAAAAAAAAAGAAGAAAAAUAAGUCUCCUACAUUUUCAGCGCUAUUUUACUGCAGAAGGCAAUGUUUUUGUUAUUAUUUUUUUUCCCGUCAGUAUUACGUCGUCGACCCGAGUUGCGUUACUUUGUUGUUUCUGCCCCUUUUUCUUUCUUCUUCUUUUGACUUUUUUGCACUUGGUUUGGAAGAGCCGUUUUAGGGAACAAAAAACCAAAAAUGUUGCCUUACGUGUGCAGAUGUUUCGUAUCAUACCGACAGGGUGUUUGGGUUUUUUUCUUUUUUUUCGGGCGGGUGGGGUUUUUUUUCCCGGGGGUUGUGAGUCAUCCUUAGUUGAGAAUAAGUGCACGGCUCGUGGUUCACUCGGAAAAAAAAGAAAAACAAAUACGACAAAAAAACCCCGUUGUGUUUUCUUUCUCAUACAUUCACCAUGGCGGCGCACAUUCCCCUGAUCCCAUGGCGAUGAGGUCACCGUCUACAGAAAGACAGGAAGAAAGAAAGAAAGGACCAGUCUGUAUCAUUCCUCUCAUAGUUAGUCUUACUACUUUGCUCUCGUAUUUUUUCAACCCGUGUUUUUUUUCUUUUUUUUGUUCCUCUCCUGAUCUUCACUUCUACGUUUUGCGUAUUUGUUUUUGAUCUUUCUUGAUUUUUGUUGAAACAGGAAACACUAAAACUGCCAGAAACUGCACAGUCCACUCAGGCGCCACAGAGCACAACCGCGUUCAAACUCAAGCUAACCGCUCCACAGCUUUCCACAGCCGGGCAAAGGGAACGAGGCCUUUCCUCUGCUUCCUCACCGCUCCUUCUCCUCCUCCUCCUCCUCUUCUUCACCUCCGCUCUUUGUUUCCUCAUCGUAGCUGUAGGACUAGUGGAAUGGUUGUUUACACAGGGACAUGUGGCUUAAUGUAUGUAUGUAACGUAUGUCUGUACUGUAUGUGGGACAUGGGGGUCAACUUUAUGCUGUCAUAGCUACACACACACACACACAUAUAGAUGUACUCUGAUCAGACUGAGGCCGACAGUUCGCUCCAAACCAAAUCUAAUUUGGUGUGUUUUUUGUAAACACUCGCUGCAGCUACAGGGGUGUUUUCUAAGCAGGUCAGAGCAAGUGCAGAGAGGCGUUCAGGUGUCCGUCUGAAAGCGCGGUCGUCCACAGCGACUCCCCGAAGAGCGCGUGGGACGCGUAGACGUCAAGUAAAUAUAGACAUGGGAUGUUCACGGAGAGAGAGAGAGCGUCUUGUCGCAGUCGCCGUGAUGCGACCGGCUCGGGUCCAGAGAUGAGAACGAUACGUCCACCAACUCCCCGAAAAGCUGAUUAGCACAUCCGAUCGAUCGGGGGCCGAUCAUUUAAAAUCACGCGGAGGAGGCGGGGUCGUAGAAACGGACGUGGGCCGAUGUGUCUGAUCUAUCCAGAGUGAUGUCGUCAAACACGUUGUUCAUUCCCUCGGGGGCUGGGAUUUUAUUUCUUGUCAUAAGAUGUAAUGAGUUCGACCGCGGCAUUGGAAAGAAUGGCCGAACCACAACAACAACAACACGAGGCUGACGUGUCACAUUCAUAGAAGGCAUUUAUUCAUUGGAGCAUGACACGUGUUUCUAACUUGUGAAUGAUGACCAGGGGAAGGUGGGAAAACAGCCUGAGAGAGGGAGAGAGAGAGAGAGAGAGAGAGAAUUGUGUUCUGUCUGGUUGCGACGGCGUAGAUAAACAAUGCACGUGAUGGGAAAAGUCAAAUCACAGUGGGAGAGGAAAACAACAGCUUCAAUGUACAGUAUAACAGUAUUAUAUCUUAGAUAUAUAUUAAAUAAAUAUUAAUAUUAUAUAUAUAUAUUAUAAUAUAUAUAUAUUUAUAUAUUACAAUAUAUAUUUAUAUAUUAUAUAAUAUAUAUAUAUAUAUAAUAUGUAUUUACUGAGUGAGUGCUGCCCCCUGGUGGCCUGAGAGAAAACCUGUCAAACCGUUUGAUUCAUUCAUAAAAACAACUGGACUAAAAACAGCGACACACGAUGACCUCACUGCGGGGAUCAGAACUAAAUGCACGUGACGUUUCAUUUAUUGUUUUGGGUUGGUGACUCGUGUUAGAAAAAAGAAAAGAAAGACAAAACGCCAAAUGGAGCUCGGCCGGUCUCGGUUGACGCUCUCCGGGGUUCCUCCGCGCGAGCCGAACGCUUCUGGGGAACAACAUCCGGGUCUUAAAAAGCUGUUUGCGUUGUUUCUGUCAUUGUUUUCUUGAAGUUCGUGCGCAUGCGUGAUGAGAGCAGUGAAUCAUAUCGAAUUCUGGUGGAGGAACCCUGACGGCGCACGCACGCACACACGCACAUGCGCACACGGUUUCCAUUCAUACACAGAUGCACUAAGACUGUUUUUAGACGAUAUAGAUCAGAGUGAAGACAUUUAUUUUUAAUUUAUCACAAUAACAGAAACGAGGCUUCCAGCUCCAGAUGCUUCUGUCCCGUCAGUAUUAUGAGAUUUAUUUACACACACACACACACACACACACACGUACACGCGCGUUUUUAAACCUGAACUGAGGGUGUCAAAACGUCACUGGUCAUGUGACAGAUCACGUGAGACACUCCUCGCUGUGAGGUCGAGUCGCCCCAAACUUCUUGAUGUAAAUAUGCAAUGCCUUUUCUUUAGUUUGGGUCAUUUUGAGGCAUCUUCACAGACAUAAACAUCUUUAUUUUUUUGUUGUUCUUGUGUGACUGUACUUGACUGAGAAUAUAGUGACCGAAAAAAACAAACGACUCAAAAACUGCAUUUAAGUAUAUAUGGACACAAAUAAAUAAAAAACAUUUAAAAAAGGAGGGAAAAAAAAGUACGACUGUCGAAGACUGGACCCUUUUUUAUUUUUUAUUUCCUCUGGUCGAUUCACCGUCUCGUCCAAGGAGGAUGUUUCCAUGGAGACAACCUAGCCCCGCCCCCCCCAUGGUCUCCUCCAAUGAGAGGACAUGACUGUAACUGGCGUCAAUUAUGUUUCACCGUCUUCAAGAAGAAAAAAUACACUCAAGUGGGACCAUGGAGGACUUUUUAAAGUUGUUUUUUUGCAGUGCUGGUUUCAUCAGGUUGCUCCAAUCCCCCAUGAUCCUUUGCUCCUUGUGCCCCCCCCCCUCCGCCUUUUGUACCAGUAUUUGUUUUAUUUAUGUUGGUCAUUCUAGGCAGUGUUACCUUGUAUGUCGUUAAAAAAGGCACCUCUUGAAAGUUGCUGAAGGAUGAUGAUGAUGAUGAAGAUGGAUGCAUUAACUGAACUGUUUUUUCUUCUUUUCUUUGAUCGUUUGCUUGUUUGUUUUCUUACCAAAACAUUAGGGCAAGAACCCAGUAGUGGACUUGCAUUGCCGUGGUAGUAUUUAUUUUGAAUUAAAUUAAAAGAAAUACAUUUCAGGGUU